AUGUUGUCCAACUUUCGCCUGCCGUGGUGCAACGAACAGCAAAUGCUCCCGAAAAUGUCGCAAGACGCGUUGUCCUACUCCGCUGCGGUAGACAUGCCCAUGUUUGGCAAGUUCAAGAGGCAGUUGCCGGAAACGGAUGUCCCACACUCGUCGCAGCAGAGCAAAAAGCCCAGGUUGGAGGUGGAGACUUCGCGCAUGUGCGUGCGACCGCCGAUGAAGUCUGAAGCUUCUCCGGCAGUCUCGCGAGCAGUGCAGCUGCCUACUCCAGUGACUCCGAAUGUCUCCCGACCGGUCGCUCUGGCGCCCCCGACUCCCACGUCGGAACAAGUCAAGGUUGUCGCGCCGGCGGUGCAGACCGUGACAACGGCUGCGCCGAGUGCACCUCUUCCGGCUGGACCCAAGGAACUACCGCGAACGGAAGUGACCACGGCUCCUCCGGCUUUGGACUGUAUCGCCGACAUGACGCCUCUUCAACAGGUCAUCGACAAUGAAUUCAACAUGGCCAUGCUGAUGAAGCACAACGAGUUGCGCUUGAUCGAGCAGGAACUGGCCAAAUGUCAAGUCGCGUUGGAGCAAUUGCGCCGUUGCGAGUUGCGACCAUACCCUGGUUAUGAUUGCCCCUCCAGCGACGUCACCGCAGGAACUGGCCCUGCGAUCGCCCCUGGUCCCGGAAUGAGUCGCCCGGCAUACCCUGCGCCUCACGGGGUCACCGACGGUCCCUACUCCCGACACUACCGACAAUGGCUCCUACGCGAUCCUGAAUUCGACUCUGCGCCGAUGCACAUGUACAGCUCCAUGGACACUCCGACAAGUGCGGGUGGCCGGUCCACCCGCAAUCUGGGAAGCGCACGCAAGUCCGUCAGCAGCCGAACCCACGCCGUCACCAACCGCAUCGAUUCUCUCCCGAGCAUCCCCAACUAUCCCGCACCUGCGCCCAAGGACAAGUCUGCCCCGCUCGUGUUGCGCCGAUCCACCGACAAUCAACUCGUCAAGCUCAUCUGCAACAACUGCCUGCGUGGAAACUUUUCGAGCAUUCAAGGUUUCCUCAAUCACUGCCGUAUCGCGCAUAAGGUUGAUUACAAGUCACACGACCUCGCUGCGAUCGAUUGUGGACGACUUCUGGACGAAGCUGAUUUGGCCAAGUUGCCCGCGGAAACGCACUCGCUGCCUGUAGCUGGAACCCCGGCACCGAAGGCUCACGGAAGCCGGGCGGCCUCGAACGCCUCCUCGAAGCUGGCCGCCUCCACACCGGUUGCGGCGGCGUCCAAGUCGCUCCCGGCUUUGCUCGUACCUACGCCCACGCAACCUCAACACCGCGAGAUGGCCAAGGGUUUCGUUCAUGCGCUCAACUCGCCCUCAGCGACUCUUCCGACCCCGCCUUCGUCUGUCGCUCGUCGUCGCGCGCCCGUCAAGUCCAAGUCCACCUUCCAAGCCCGUGCCACGUCCAGCCUUCCUCCUCCGGCGUUGUCGAUCACCACUUCAACCAACGACAAGUCUUCUACGACCGCACCUCGUCUGUCCGCGCAUUUCGCCAAGCAAGGAUUCCGCCCCGAAAUGUUUGCCCAGGCCUUCGCCAACGCCAAACAAUCCAUGGACGAGACCUUUUCGCAAUUCGAUUCGUGUGGCGGCGACUCGGCAAUGAUGACUCCCGUCGGCACACCCUCGGACGAGGACGUCGACAGCCCACUGAUGUUCCAACGCCAACCGCAAAACAGCACCCGGCCGGCCCGUCCUUCCUUGUUGAUCGCUCCAACAACGACUGCAAGCACCACAUCCAAAUCAACCGAAUCUUCAACCCUCGGUCUCGCAGCGAACGCACCAAGCCCGUCAACCACCUCGUCGACGUCAUCCCUCUCCCACGCCAACAGCCCGCACCUCCUCCCUGGGCUCGUCAGCGACCACGAAGACGACGACGACCACAGCCAUGUGGACGACCACGACGAUGACGUUGUCAUGGUCGACAGCGUCGUGGAUCUCGACUCGCAUUUCGCCGAUGCGGUGCAGGACGACCAUCACCAUCACCAUCAUCAUCAUGAGAACAACGACGAGGACGAGGACGACGAUGUCGUCGUUGUGGCUUGCAAAGCGAACGGCAAAAACUGA